AGAAAGAAAAUUAAAUAUGUUAAUUUUGGUUUGAAAUUUAUGCAUUGUAUUUUAUAGUAUUAUCGGUUGCUGUGUUGACCACAAGUGCGAUGUGUUCAAACAUUUAGCAUUAUAUAUAAGAACAUAAAAUCGAUAAGCUAUUUUACGUCGUUGGGGAAGUGACAUACACCUGUUGAUAGUUCCUUAACACAGCUGUGAAAGAAACUAUAGAUAUGGAACUAAACGAAGAACCACGUGUCUUCUUAGAGGGUUUCAAACCGCUCACAAUUUUAAUGGAAAUCCUUGGAGCAACUUUAAUCAUUUUGGUUGCAAUUUGGUGUAAUAAUUACAGAGGUGGUUUCUCUUGGAGAUCCGAUCCGAAUUUGGAAUUCAAUUGGCAUCCUAUGUUAAUGAUUAUUGGAUUUGUGUUUCUAUAUGCAAAUGGUAUGUUGAUAUAUAGAACCAAAAGGAAUGCUCGUAAACGAAGACUUAAGUUAAUUCAUGGCGGCAUGAUGUUAUCCAUUGUUGUAUUGGUAGUAAUUGCUCUUGUCGCUGUGUUCGACAGCCACAACUUAAGACCAGUACCAAUUCCAAACAUGUACAGUCUUCACAGCUGGAUUGGACUUACCAGUGUAAUCUUGUUUUGCUGUCAGUGGCUUGCUGGAUUUUUGUCAUUUCUAUACCCAGGAUUGCAAGUUCCAUUACGUGCCUCUUAUAUGCCCAUUCACGUGUACUUUGGUAUCGCGGGUUUUGUCGGUGUAAUUGCUUCUUGUCUCCUAGGACUCAAUGAAAAAGCUAUUUUUACAUUAAAUGACGAUUACUCGAAGCUCGUCAACGAAGCAGUAUUAAUUAAUGUAAUUGGGCUUCUAAUCAUUCUCUUUGGAGGACUAUCGGUUUAUCUCGUUUCGCAAGAGCGUUACAAACGUCUCUCCAAGCCGGAAGAUGAAUCAUUGGUCAGUGGCAGAAAUCAGUAAACGUCCGUGAUACAUGAAAACCUCUCAUUCGACUUCCUGAAGCAUGUAAACAAAGAUCUAGGCACACUUACGCAUAGUACUUAUGUAAAAUUUGUAAUUUUUAUAUAUUAUUUGCAUUGUGCAAAUUUAAUUCGUGUAUAUUAAUGUCUCUGUACUAGUCCGGUUUUUAAAUUUCAUUACUUUUAUACCUCGAUUAACUAUGGUGCUACAAACUAUAAUUUUAAAUAAACUAAUAAUAUAGGUACAUACUGUUUAGUAGUACGAAACAUCACAAUCCGAAUCUCAGAACGGUAUUGUUUAUAUUUUAUUAAUACUGCCCCCAUUCAUGUGCUGCUAAUAUUGUAAAAUGUAAAAUAUUGAUAAUAAUGGGUUUUUAUUGUUUUAAUAUGUUUAUAAAUGUGCGCGGGUUGAAUAUUAAAAUUGCGUGUUAAUCUACAAAGACCACGAA